AUACUUACCUUGAUGGCACAGGCCUCUUCACGGACAUAGGUCUGUGGGCCGUGGGGACCUUCCAUUGCACGGCGACCCUGUCCUCCGAGGGUGCCCGCGGUUUGUAUGGGCUUCGGCUCAUGCACCGUCUCAAUAUUUUCCUGUCCUGCCAUGGCCACUCUGGCUGGGCAGGCCUCUAUUUUUUUGCUUCUUAGUUCUCCUAACCCUAACCCUAGCUCACAUGGAUAUAUCAGGAGUUCCACUUCAGGUGGCAGUUCGACCGGAGUCGACGUGCAGAGUGUCAAUACGAGUAUAGAACUUCAAGAGGAUGUAAGAUUUGAAACUUUCUCAUUCGGAUUUGGUUAGGGAUGGCGAAGGAUCAAGUCUCUAGUUAAAUGCCUGUUAACUUGAAAUAGGUAGGGAUCAGCCAAGUUGGGGUUAAAUGACCAGAAAACAAUAGGCAGUUGACAAUCAGUAUCAGUAUAUUGACAGUACCUGUACGAAAGGGACACUACUGUAUUUGUGGCGAGUGAUUGCCCUUUCAUAAGUGCAUCAACCAUGGUCUGUUACAUCUGUCAUUAUGGUAUGCCACACGGCAG